AUGUAUUUCAACCUCGGUCAACAUUCUCGGCCAGUGACCACUUCGUCUGAGGAGGCCCAGCUGUGGUGCAACCGCGGUCUUGUAUGGGCGUACUCCUUCAACGUCGGGGAGGCAGAGAGAUGCUUUGAACGAGCGGCCAAAUACGACCCUAACUGCGCGAUGGCCUUUUGGGGCGUCGCCUAUUCUGCCGGUCCAAACUACAACAAGGCAUGGAGAUACUUCGACGCGAAGGACCUCCGUGACUCAAUCCAAAGAGCGAACGACGCUAUAAGAUGUGGUGCUGAGGUUUCUGAGCAAGCCACCCCGGUGGAGCAAGGACUAUUAAAGGCAAUUGCCGCUCGUUUCCCCCCAGCGGACAACAUUCCCAAGGAUCUGAGUCCCUUUGAUCGCGCAUACGCAGACGCCAUGCGUCUUGUCUACCGAGAAUUUGGCACCGACCCUGAUAUUGCAGCUCUGUUUGCCGAUGCCCUUAUGUGCAUGACGCCCCGUGGUCUGUGGGAUCUGGAUACCGGACAGCCCACCGGUCCGCACACGGUUGAAGCUCGGGAGGUGGUUGAGAGGGGACUGGCAUCAGUUGGUCGGUUGCACCCAGCGCUCUGCCACCUGCAUAUCCACAUCAUGGAGAUGUCCGCGACUCCGGAACUUGCCCUGCCGUCUGCCGAUCGACUGCGCCACCUGGUCCCAGAUGGAUCACACAUGUUGCAUAUGCCAACACAUAUCGACGCUGCGGUUGGCGACUACCGCCGCUCGAUUGAUUCAAACAACGAGGCAAUUUUGGCAGAUGAUAGGUACUUUGGCCGGGAAAGCGGUACAAUAUUCUAUCUUUGGUACCGUGUCCACUACAUAUGUGCGAAGCUCUAUGCGGCUAUGAUGUGUGGUCGCUUUACGGACGCGAUAUCAGCCGCGGAAAAGCUAGAGCAAGUUAUCAGCGAUGACCUGCUCAGCAUCACCAGCCCGCCUGUGGCGGACUCUAUUGAGAGCUUCCUCGCAAGUAAAGCGCACGUCCUCAUUCGCUUUGGGCGGUGGGAGGAGAUCCUUCGCCUUGGAUUGCCCGCCAAUCGCCAGGUCAAGUGCGUAACCACAGCGAUCAUACUAUAUGCCCGUGGGCUUGCCUACAGUGCGCUUGGUCAAAUCGACCGGGCAGAAUCUGCGCAGCAAGAGUUUGAACUCGCACGCGCUGCUGUCCCUGAAUCCCGUCUAAACAGCAUACCCUGCAAGCAGGUCGACGUGCUAAAGGUCGCGUCGGCAAUGUUGCACGGCGAGCUGGAAUACCGCAAAGGAAAUUACGAUGUCGCCUUUGCGUCUUUGCGAGAGGCUAUCCGGCACGAAGACGCGUUGCCCUACUGUGAUCCUCCCGCUUGGAUGCAGCCAGUCCGUCAUGCACUGGGCGGCCUGCUUCUAGAGCAGAAUCGGGUGGAAGAAGCCGAGGUGUUGUUCAGGGAGGAUCUCGGAUUCGCCAUUGGGUUUCCUCGCCGCAGAGCAAAGCUCAAUAACGUAUGGGGCCUCUACGGGCUGCACGAGUGUCUUACGCGCCUUGGUAAGACUGACGAACUUCGCUUCGUUGAGUCCGCGCAUGCUGUUGCGGUUGCUACUGCUGACGUUCGCAUCAUCGCUUCAUGUUAUUGUCGUUUAUCCGCAGUGGACCAAGGUGAGCACUGCUCGGAGAAGCCUGGAUGUUGCUCUUAG